AUGCGUUUCCGUCCCAUCUUGAUGCUUUCCAGCAUCUUUUUGGCAAAGCUAGCGGUAGCAACGCCUUGCGAGACGAGCUCCAUUCAUACGGUGCCACUCAACCAAACCUCAUCGGUGGCCGAGGAUCUCGAGGCGGCGGAGAUUGAGUCUCGCGCUACUCCUCCGAACCUCGAUUACCGAUGCGGAGUCAAGUACGGCAAAUGCCCUAGUGGCACUUGUUGCUCCAGCUCAGGAUUCUGUGGCACGAGCAAGGCGCACUGCCGUUCUCCCGACUGCAAAAUCGAUUACGGCCACUGCGAUGCGCACAAAUCGCCCAAGGGCCCACCCACCAAGGACGUCGGCCGGCCUCACAUGGGCCAGGUACCCUAUGGCCCGCAGGAGGUCCGCUCGUGCGCUGUACCCGGAACUGUUGCUUUGACGUUCGAUGACGGUCCUACCCGCUACACUGGUGAUCUUCUUGAUUUGCUCGAUCGGUACGAUGCGAAGGCAACAUUCUUCAUCACUGGUAUCAAUAACGGCAAGGGGCAGAUCGACGACUUCGACUUGCCAUGGGCGUCUUUGAUCGAGCGCAUGCAGCUCAGCGGCCAUCAGAUUGCCAGCCACACCUGGUCGCACGAGGACCUCAGCAAGGUGACGCCUCUGCAACGCCAAGAUCAGAUAGAAAAGAACGAGGCUGCGCUACGCAAUAUCCUGGGCAGUUUUCCAACUUACAUGCGCCCGCCGUACUCGAGCUGUACCCGAGACUCGGCGUGUGGCACCGACCUCGGUCGAUUGGGCUAUCACAUCAUUUUGUAUGAUAUCGAUACAGACGACUACAAGAAUGAUGACCCGAAUCUCAUCCAGCGCUCCAAGGAUAUCUUCGAUCAAUCUCUAUCCACGGGCAGCCCAACCUCCCGGUCUUGGUUGGUGAUCGCUCACGAUGCCCAUGAACAAACUGUCCAUAACCUCACAGAGCACAUGCUGAAGACAAUGAAGAGGACUGGCUAUCGCCCGGUCACUGUCGGCGAAUGCCUUCGAGAUCCUCGUGAUUUGUGGUCCCGCCCUGACGACCGAAUGCCUUCGCGCAAGAAGAAAGGGCCCAAGAGUUCUGGCGAUCCUAAGCUUGUUUCCAUCGAUGGCACCUGCGGCAAGCACUAUACUUGCCUGGGCUCUCGCUUUGGACUAUGUUGUGGCAGCGUAAACCUCUGUGGAAACACCACUCAGCAUUGUGGGGUUGGUUGUCAAUCAGAUGCUGGGUAUUGUUCCGUGGAAGUUCCUCCUAACGGGGACGCAUGGGAUCCCAAAAUCCAGAGCAAGGGCCACAAGUCGGACGCGGAUUCAAUUCUUUACACUGUGGGAACUGCGGCAGUGACCUCGUUGUUUCUGGCGCUGAUUGUCGCAAUGUGGAUGUAA